CACAAAACGUCAAAAAUCAGAGCUUUCGUGUCAGAAUAGUCUCCUUGAUAUAAAGAGAUAAAUAAAGUACAUAUUGGAUGUGUUCUAAACAAUUCAGCAUUUCUCUGCAACACAACAAAUGAAUAUACACGAAUAGCAAAGUGUUCGUCAUAUUGAUUGCCAAAUGAAACCAGAUAUUAAUAAAUUCUUUCCAUGUCAUAGCCAUGGAAUAUCUUGAGAAUUGCAUCAAUUGAUACUUCUGUUGUAAACAGUGAGAGUUUUGUGUUCAAUGUAAACAGUCACAGUUUUGUGAAUUUUGCUCGGUAUAACAAUAACGAGUAUUAAACUUAUUUACGAAUCGACAAACGAGAAAAUUGCGGCUUCAAAUCGGAAACAAUGUCGAAUGUAUAUCCAACAUUGCCUCGGCUGAGUGUCAGAGACAGUUUCGAUGAAGAUGAUUUGAGCGAUGUCGACGAUGAAGUGUUUAUAAGGGAUGGAAAAAAUGGGGGUUUGAAAUUGGAUGAAGAUCGAGGUGUAAAAAGGCCUUUAAUGGCACCAAGGAGAAAAGUCAAAAAUGGCAAAAUUAAUGGAAAUCAAAAAUUACCUUACAGAGCUCUUUUGGCUCCCUUUUGCUAUGGCUUACUUGCUCUUCUGGUACUUCUCGGGCUCAUCAUUGCUUGCAUUUAUACGGUCAAUCUGUUCCCCAUACCUAUUGAUAUUCUGAAAAAAUGGAUGUACGGCAGUGAGAAGAAAGUUUUAGAUGCAUUGAAUGUUGUCCCAUGCACCUCGCUUGCCUCUUCUGUUCUUUGGACUCGAACUUUGCCAAAAUUGACAUCCGAAGCUCCGUUUAGAAGUAAUGAUGUUAAUGGAGAUCAAAUUGACGACAUUAUUGUUGGAUUCAGCACAGGAUUGGAUGCUAUGGACGCCCCAGAAAAUUUGUGCGAUUUUUAUUUUGGCGGUCAAAAGCCUUGCUUAGGAGGAAUCAUGGCAUUGGAUGGUAAAACUGGUUCAACGAUAUGGACCCACUGGACAGCACAUGCAAUUUUUAAUGUCAAUUGCGAAGUGGAUAUCACAAAGGAUAAUGUAAAAGAUUGUUUGAUAACCGGAAGAGGUGGAAUUUUGCACACAGUGGAUGGGAGUGAUGGCACAGCUGUAUGGAAAUUCAAGCUCGAAUCCAAAAUGACUUCUGAAGAAGGAAGUAUCUUGGACGUUUAUGACGCUACGUUUAUGAAUGAUGUGGAUGGUGAUGACAUCGGAGAUGUGAUUGCUUCGCAUACUUUGCAAUCCGGUGAUUUAAGGUCUAGCGAAAUUAUUCUAAUUUCUGGAAAAACUGGAAGUAUCAUUCGACGCGUCGAUUUCCCAAGAAAAGAAGAACUUUUCAUUGCGCCGCGACCUCUCGUACAUCCUGAUGGGGAAAUGCUGCUCGUACUUGUUUCAAGCACACCAAAAAAAUCCGGCGGCCUCUACAUCAUAUCGUACAGCGAGUUAAUUCAUGGGCAUUUGCAUUUGCGUGAACUUUACUGGGGCCUAGGAAAAGGAAUAUUGUUGCCACCAAUCUUUACGGACAUAACGUCGGACGGAACAGAGGACAUAAUAAUAGCAACGGUGAAUGCGACAAUAAUGGCAUUCAAUGGCCUAACAUUGGAGCAUAUUUGGAAUUACACGGUAGCCAAUUCCGAAGUAAUAAGUAUACCGAUUCCUGGUUAUUACAACGACGACGACGUGCCUGAUUUCAUGGUGAAACAUCAGAUAGGACCUGGAUAUCCACUUUAUUAUUACACGGUAUCAACGAUAUUGGACGGCAAGAAUGGAACGCCGAUUUUAGAAAAAUCGAUCACGGACACGCUGAGUGGUCAAAUGUCUGGAUUAUCGAUUAGCGUGGAUGAUUAUGGCAAUGAUUGGUUUCUUUAUUGGUCAUCGAAUUGUUUGAACCAUGAAGAUUCUCACGAAAAGUAUCGUUUCCUCGCAGGCCAAAAUUUGCUCUCACAGUCACGAGCCGAUCUCUGCAAAUUGCGUUUUAACACGACCCUCGUUACGAGAUUGUGGGCGCUUAGUCAACACGUCGGUCCGCCCGGACAAUCGAUAUAUUUUUCCGAAGACUGGAAAACGGUCGAGUACAAUAAUUCGGUCGAUCCGAGGCUCGAAGCGGACAAAUAUCUCAGUGACCAUUCGAACUUCGACGAUUUCACUCAUAUCUUGAACGAAGGGCUUCCUCUCGUUUCUGAAAGAUCGCCUCGAGUCGAGAAAAUUCAUAGGAAAACUUCGAGUUUUCGACAUCGAAACAACGGCAAAGACGAAGACGAAACGAGCAAUUAUUACAGAAAACAAAUCGUCGUUCCAGCUGAAAAUUCCGAAGAAAACAAAGACUUGGUUUAUGCAAAUAAUCCUGCUGUUGCUGAUAAUUAUCAAAUUUAUAAAGAACCAAAAAUUUAUAAUUCCCGCAGAAAAAACGUCGAUGAGAAUUGGAACGAUCAGAACGACUGGCAGGAAAGUGAGAAACAGUACGAUAUGAUGUAUGACGAAGAUUCUGGUGAGUUGUCCAGGAUGAGUGACGUUCGCGAGCAAAGAAGCGAUUUGACCGGACCGGAAAAUGCGCCGGUAAACAAAUCCGAAGGCGUUAAAAAUCAGUAUGAUCUCAACAUGGAUUAUACGAACGGUGGUAGUAAUUACGUUAAAUAUUCUCCCGUGUCUUCAGUCGAAUCCGGUUUUUCGUUGUACAACGAUGAAAUAGUGAAACCGGAAGUGGAAAAAAAGAGGAGAAAGAGGCCCGGUGCAGACGCAACGAGAGCCAAAAGUUUUGGGAGAUUCACUGAGAACGAAGAUUACGCUGAUAUCGAGCAGAUUUUCAAACGGGAAUCGAUGAGGAAUUAUUUCCAAACUAAAACUUCGAAGCCCGAUAAAAAUGAACGAGAUAAACGCAGCGGUGGGGAUGAAAGUAGAAAAAUCGUCAAAGGAAUUCAGCGACAACCACCCACAGGAAUCUUAUUGCCCUCGAUUGCACCAUCGACGAGUAAAACUUCCGUCGACUUGAUAUUUUCAACCUACUGGCUGCCGCCUUCGGAAAUUUCUAUCAUACUGUCGCAACGCGAUUUGGAUUGCAUCAAAUCCAAACGCUCGACGAAAAACGAGUACGACAAUGAAAAUAUCGUCGGCGAAUGCCUCGCUGAACGCGGGGUUGACUAUAAACUUUACCAAGAAAGCACAUCUCGAGAAAACGUGAAAAUACCUCUCGGCCAAAUGACUGUUUAUCGAUUAAAAUUGGAAUGCGUUUGCCCCGAUGAUAUGCUGCCUGGACAGCAAUGCAAAAAUAUCUCUCAACAACAAAGUUGGCCCGCGCACUUAGGAAUUUCGGCAAAUGGUUUCUUCAAACCCCCCAAUAAUCGACGCACUUGAAAUCUUCCAUUUUUAUUUCCCAUUUAAAUUAAAGUGCAAUUCCUUGUGGAAAAACUUGACGUUAAUAUUCUCUGAAGCAGAAAUUCAUCGACUGUCAAACAUGGAAAUUCAACAUUUUACAAUUCCAUUCUGAAUGGAACAUUUUUCAUGCUCUCUCAACUCGACUGUGACUUUAAAAUAUGACUGCACACGUUUGACAUGACACCAACAAUUGAGUCGGAAAAAUUCUGAAUAUAUUUAGUCCUCUGUGAAACUUCAGAAACAAUGGUUUCAGUAUUAAUAUGUCCGAAAAGUUUGUCGUAAUAUUAUUCAAACAAAACGAUUGCGUAAACCGAAUAUGGCGAUGCUUUUAUAAAUUCACAUAAAUUUUCUUAAAACCAUAUUUUCUUGUAGAUUUUUCCAAAAAUCGUUUGAAAAUGCGUGAAAAAUGAAAAAUUUUACUUUUGGAAAUAAGGCAAAACGAGGAAUUUGAAAUAAUUGAAAAGUAUUUUCAAAAGUCAUUAGUUUGGUCGCAAAGUAUAUUGCAUCGUUGAAAAAUCCUAUUUUUUAUUCCAAGUGUAUGAUUACGUAACAUUUCGUGACGUGAGCGAUUUGAAAAAAUGUAUGACUUCCAAGAUAUUGAGUAAUUAUGAAAUUCAACAAAUAUACACACCGUUUAUAAAGUUGUCGCGUCGUUAUGCUGGAUUUCGAGGAAGCUGUCUCACCCUCGUAAAUUUCAAAGCGAGCACGAAAAAAGUAGAAAAUGCCCAAAAACUGUAGAGUAACCAUCGAUCGCACUAUUUCAGGCUGUUGAAAAAUAUUAUUACUCAACAAUGCGUGAGAAAUCAUUUGAAAAAUGAAGUAAACCAAAGACGAAAAAAAGAGAGCAAAUCGUGAAAUGAAUGCGAUUUUACACGUUCGAUUGCAGACACAAAAUAAGCGAUAUGAAAAAUAUAAACAAAUGUUUGUUCUUAUAAAUUUUGUAUGUAUAGAUAAGAUACUAAGAUUGGGGGAAAGAAUGUAGAGUCUAGAAAAUUCAUUGAAUUUGUGUUGAAUCAUUUCCUUUUGUAAGCAAAAGGACUAACUAAACAUUUUUCUGUAUUAAAUAUUUAAACAUUCGUUAAGAAAAGUUCAAUAAACUGAUUGAUGUAAAAAAA